AAAAAAACAGAGAGAGAAACCGGCUUCGUGUCCGUAGGAAACAGAAGUAGCAAUUGUUUGUGCUUAAAAAAGGGGGAGCGCAAAGCCGCGGGCGGAGGCAGCGACCGCGGGACCGGCAAGUGCAGCUUUAUUUCGCGAAGUUGAAAGAAGAGGCGAGCGGCGGCUGUCACUGCGCGCCGGGCCGGGCACGGAGCGGCCCCUGCCCCUGCCCGGAGCUCACCCUCCGCUCCCCGCCGGGGCGAGAGGCGCGGCCGGCGGCGGGCAGCGGUAACAGCGGCACCCUCCGCUCUCCUGGAUGCUCCGGAGCCGCCGCCGCCGGGGGCGGCCGCCGGCCGGGAUCGUGCCCGCCCGCAGCGCGGAGGCUGCGCGGGGCAGAGGGAGUGAAGCUGCUGCGAGGAACGGGAGCACCGAGGGAGCCAGCUCGGCGGCUGGGAGCCGCGGGCGCGGCCCGUCCGACCCUGCCCUGCUCGGCCCGGACUAGAGAGGCGGCGGCGUGGGAUGCCAAGGGGGGACCGGGAUCCCGAGCGGGAGUUGGAUGCACACUGCUACGGAAGACUUUUCCUCGGAGCUGUUGCUGCUAAGUCUCAGAUCCCGACUGUAAGCAAGGUCACCCUAAAGAAUGGCCGAGCCUUCUGGGAACGAGCUGGCGUCCGCGGCUGCCAAGGGGGACCUAGUGCAACUUACUAAUUUGUUGCAAAAGAAUGUAAACGUCAAUGCACAAAAUGGAUUUGGGAGGACUGCGCUGCAGGUGAUGAAGCUGGGGAACCCCGAAAUUGCCCGGAGGUUGCUAAUUAGCGGAGCGAACCCCAAUCUGAAGGACAGUACUGGCUUUGCUGUAAUUCAUGAUGUAGCCAGAGAGGGGUUUCUGGACACUUUGCAGACUCUGCUGGAGUUCAAGGCUGAUGUGAACAUCGAGGAUGAUGAAGGGAACCUGCCCUUGCACUUGGCGGCCCGGGAGGGGCACGUCCGGGUGGUGGAGGUCCUGCUGGCCCGUGGGGAGUGCAAGGUGGGCCACCAGAACAAGCGGGGGGCCACUGCCUACGACCUGGCCAAGCUCUACAAGAGAUCAGCCGUGGUGAAGCUCUUGGAGGGCAGCAGCUUCUCCCCCGCAGCCAUGGAUUAAGCCCCACUCGGACAUUGAGCCUUCACCCUCCUCAGUAUUUUUUUGUUCUCCUCCUCCUUUUUAAUAACAUUUGUUGCAACUUUACUUCUAUUAUUAUAUAUAUAUAUAUAUAUU